AUGGAUGAUCUCGAAGAGCAGCUUGCAGACUUGGUGGAGGAGGAAGCCCAGGACCUCCAGACCUGUCUAUCACCGGUCCUCGAGAUGUUUACUAACCCCCAGCUGCUGAUUGACGCAUUCUCGUGCCCCCCGAGCCCUAGUGGAGACGCCGACGACGGUGGCAGCGGCCGUGAUGAGGACGAGCUGAACAACCAUCUUUUUGAACCUCUUAUCUUUCUUCAAUACAAAUAUCUCGGCACCUCGAAGACCAUCUGGAAGACGACAACCGGCCUCCGCAGUAAUAUCAUGGCCUCUGCCACAGGAGUCCCUCAAGAACAUCCUCAGACCAUUGAGGCCAGAGAAGAUGAGCCGCUAUUGGGUGGACCAGGUGCAGUAACGCAAAGAGAUAGCGAUCCUAUUUAUCGCAAUUUGAUCAAAGGGACUGCCGCUGUUGCUCAGUUCGGUAUAUUGAUUCUUGUGGCCCUCAUCUGGGCUGGCAUCUUCUCCCAUCCUUUGAUCUUCUUUUCUGCUCAUCCGCUGCUCAACUCCUCCGCUAUACUUCUCCAAGUACAAGCCGCUCUUAUUCUACAGCCAACUGCGACGCCGCAGCAGAAGCUCCUGGGCACUCGAAUCCACUAUUCGCUCCAAGCAAUCAGCCUGGCUGCUUUCGUCACCGCAUUCAUCAUUAUCGAGAUCAACAAGGGCGAUCACCCGCGGCUAACAUCGCCGCAUAGUAUCUUCGGACUAAUCACCUACAUCUGCAUCAUCCUUCAAGCACUGCUGGGACUUGUUCAGUAUUUCUUCCCUGUCACGAUCCUUGGCAGCGCUGAUGCGGGCAAGAGACUGUACAAGUACCACCGCCAUUUUGGAUACUCGCUGCUUGUCCUGGAACUAGCAACCGUGGCAGCGGCAACGCAGACGACGUAUAAUGUGAAUGUUCUGCACAUUCCGCUUUGGGGAGUUCUUGUCGCAGCAGUGUUAAUCGUCGCAGGAGUCGGUGCCAGAAUCAAGAAGCAUAAAUUAGGCUUCUAG